AUCAUGUUCAUUCUAAUGAGCUAACUCUAUCGACUAAAAUGCUCUGUCUACAGUCCAAAAGAGGAAGCAAUGGGGAAAUCUACGAAAGACUGCCGCUAUUACCAAAAUAUGUUGUCAGAGUACGACAGUAUGGAAAUAACGUGGCCUUAACUAUUGAUGAUAUAGACAGAAGGUUUGACAAGGUCACGUGGGAAAGAAAUGGAGAGAAAAUAGGACACAACAACCAGAAAUUUCACAUCUUACUGGAUCUGCCAAACGUUGUUUCUUUGGUAAUCCAUGAUGUCACAAUCAAUGAUAGCGCCACCUAUCAGUGCAUAUUGAAGUCAGGAAGUGAUAUGGAGAGAAGUGAACUUACUGUACUUGAGUUAUGUCCUAUCAAAUUAAUAGGACCGACAUUCCAAAUAAAGACGGAAUUGACAAGGACACAAAUUCAAUCACGGCUGACGCAUCAACCCUACCUUUCUACGAAUUGGCGCAGCCGGAACUACGUCAAAUAUGAUGUCAUUAUUAGUACAGUUAAAACAACAGAGCACAUAAAUAAAGAUCCUUUCUAUGAGACCUCUGAGACGGCCAUCACAAGGAGUCUACACUACGGUAUCCUCUUAAGUAAGAACUCUAGGCUUCGAUGGAAGGCCCUCAAAGGUCCCUCCGUAAUCAACGAUAUUUAUCAGAGAUUUCACAAUACCACCAUACAUACAAGGUCACCCCAAGAAUUUCGGAAGAAGUGCAAAGCAAUAUCAACUCUCAAGUGUUCAGAAAGUCACGUGACCUUUGCUUCUGAUGACGUCGAGUUUGCGACUCUUUGGACAUUUUUACAAAAUGGUAGUAUUACAAGCAAGAUGGAGGCGUUGUUUGAAUGUCGAAAUUUAAUGAUUUUGAGGAGAUACUUCAGGAGCGACAGACAUAUACUAGAGGAAAACGAGAGAUGUGUCUGUUUACCGAGGGUUUAUCGUGAAAAAUUGAAAUCUAAAGCUCAAGAAUUCAAAACAUGUCAAAACAAAUCACAUCUUGGCUGAAAAGGUUCAUUGAUCAAAAAAGAUCAUAUGGAUAAAAAAAAAUAAAGGAAGGCUCCUUUUAAAGACCUUUGA